AUGAAGCUUACUUACUUUGUCGCGUUUUUCGUCGCAAUUGCCACUGUGGCGUCGCAUGGAAAUAAAAGAGGUUGGGGUAAACACCACCCUAAAAAAGACAUCGAUGAUGACUCUAGCGGAAGCUUCGAAAGCACCAAAAACGACUUAGACCGUUUGUCCUACUACGUAAACGCCCAUCUCGGACUCCACUUUCCCUACAGCAGGAAGCACCAAAAAGUGGCCGUUUUGGACCAUCGUCACAACACUAGUGUUUUCUACGAUGGUCUAUCAGGAGACGCCUUUGCCUUCUCGUACGAGGAAGGAAUAGGGGUUUAUAUACCGGGUGGUGUCUCUGACAAAACCUGGAACAUCAAGGAAACCAGUUUUGAAAAAUAUUUCAAAAACCCGGUUUUACCCAAAGAGAUUUUCUCUAUUGGCCAAAAACAGGGGUACCAAUUCGACCCGCAGCUGAUUUCAGACGAAAUGUCUGAAAAAUUGUCGGGGAUUUUGACACCUUUGAGCAUCGACUACUCUUCUCGGUGUGAAGCUUUAGCCACUGCUUUGCACAUCUCAAAAAUAACGUCCGAUAAAUUAAAAACUUCUUUGUCUAGCUUUGAAAGUGUCAUGGGUGACGUUUCUACGCAAAAUCGGGGGGAUUUUAAGUGGCUAAUCGGGAUCUAUCAAGGUCUGGGAGAAUUUUUCGCCCCAUUUGGAAGCAUGGAAAUUCUAAAAGAAAAAAAACUUCACUUAGACUUUGCAAAGAUCUUGAACGAAGAUGGAGGAAUUUCCGUUUUGGGUUAUUUGUUAGAAACUCUAGCUCCUCAUUUCGAUUUGGGGAAAUUAAUAGGGGAACAGAUGAAUUCCGAGCCACAAUUUUUCGUAAUUAUUAAUAAGUUGGGGGGUGAGGUUGACUAUUGUUCAGAUGGACUGGUCUACGUUUUGACUGAAAUCACUAUAUAUAAUUACGGUGAAACCUCUAAGGAAAAUUUGGUUACAGUGUUGAGGAAAUUCUUCACCGAUACUAGAGUUUGUAACGAGAAUUUGGAACAGAAGUGGCUUUCGUCUAUUAAAACACUUUUGGAAACAAUUCAAAAAUUAAAAUUAGAAAACUCUUUUAAAGACCUGUCGAAGCUUCUUAAAGACAUAGGUGAGGGUAAGUGGCAACAGAAUUGUGUAAAUAUGUCUGAGGUUUUCGGGAAAAUCGUUAAAGUUGAGCUUCCUGGAAAAGCGGAUUCGGCCAAUGAAAUUAUAGAAUUGUUAGAGAAAAAAAACUAA